UGAAGGGGCCGCGUCGGGCGGAGCAGCGCGCCGCCAACAUGUCGGAUACGAAGGUAAAAGUUGCCGUCCGGGUCCGGCCCAUGAACCGAAGAGAGCUGGAACUGAACACCAAGUGCGUGGUGGAGAUGGAAGGGAACCAGACGGUCCUGCACCCUCCUCCUUCCAACACCAAGCAGGGAGAAAGAAAGCCUCCCAAGGUGUUUGCCUUUGAUUAUUGCUUUUGGUCCAUGGAUGAAUCGAACACAACAAAAUAUGCUGGUCAGGAAGUCGUUUUCAAGUGCCUCGGGGAAGGAAUUCUUGAGAAAGCCUUUCAGGGAUAUAAUGCUUGUAUUUUUGCAUAUGGCCAGACAGGCUCUGGGAAGUCCUUCUCCAUGAUGGGCCAUGCAGAGCAGCUAGGCCUUAUCCCAAGGCUGUGCUGUGCUCUGUUUCAGAGGAUCUCCCUGGAGCAAAACGAGUCACAGACCUUUAAAGUCGAAGUAUCGUACAUGGAAAUCUAUAAUGAGAAGGUUCGGGACCUCUUGGACCCCAAAGGGAGCAGGCAGUCUCUUAAAGUCCGUGAGCAUAAGGUCCUGGGGCCUUAUGUCGAUGGUCUAUCUCAACUGGCCGUCACCAGCUUUGAGGACAUCGAGUCACUGAUGUCUGAGGGAAAUAAGUCUCGAACGGUAGCAGCGACCAACAUGAAUGAGGAGAGCAGCCGUUCCCAUGCCGUGUUCAACAUCAUCGUCACGCAGACGCUGUAUGACCUACAGUCUGGGAACUCCGGGGAGAAAGUCAGCAAGGUGAGCCUGGUAGACCUGGCAGGGAGUGAGAGAGUGUCAAAGACCGGAGCUGCAGGCGAGAGGCUGAAAGAAGGCAGCAACAUUAACAAGUCACUUACAACCUUGGGAUUGGUUAUAUCGUCACUGGCUGACCAGGCUGCUGGCAAAGGCAAAAACAAAUUCGUGCCUUAUCGAGAUUCGGUUCUCACUUGGCUUCUUAAGGACAAUUUAGGAGGGAACAGCCAGACGUCUAUGAUAGCGACCAUCAGCCCAGCAGCAGACAACUAUGAGGAGACACUGUCCACGCUACGAUACGCAGACAGAGCCAAGAGGAUUGUGAACCACGCUGUCGUGAAUGAGGACCCCAAUGCCAAGGUCAUCCGAGAGCUUAGAGAGGAAGUGGAGAAACUGAGAGAGCAGCUCUCACAGGCUGAGGCCAUGAAGGCCCCCGAGCUGAAGGAGAAGCUCGAAGAGUCUGAGAAACUGAUAAAGGAGCUGACAGUGACAUGGGAAGAAAAGCUGAGGAAGACGGAAGAGAUCGCACAGGAGAGACAGCGGCAGCUGGAGAGCAUGGGGAUAUCCCUGGAGACCUCUGGCAUCAAGGUGGGGGAUGACAAGUGCUACCUCGUCAACCUGAACGCAGACCCUGCCCUCAACGAGCUUCUGGUUUACUAUUUAAAGGAUCACACCCGGGUGGGUGCAGAUACCUCUCAGGACAUCCAGCUCUUCGGAAUAGGGAUUCAGCCCGAGCACUGUGAGAUCGACAUCGCAGCGGAUGGAGACAUCACUCUCACACCCAAAGAAAACGCAAGGUCCUGUGUAAAUGGCACCCUUGUCUGCAGUACUACCCAGCUGUGGCAUGGCGACAGGAUCUUAUGGGGAAACAACCACUUUUUUAGAAUUAACUUGCCUAAGAGGAAGCGGCGGGACUGGCUGAAAGACUUUGAGAGAGAAACCAGUGCUGCGGAACAUGACCUGGACGCUGCGAGCGAGGCUUCCUCAGAACCCGACUACAACUACGAGUUCGCACAGAUGGAGGUUAUCAUGAAAACACUGAACAGCAAUGCCCCGCCCACUGAGAAAGGACCGGAACUCUGGUUCACUUCACUAGUGCUUUCUUUUCUUCGUCGCAGGGAUGAGCUCUUUAGACAAAGCUUGGCUAAGCUUCGAGAACAGCUGGUGAAAGCCAAUACUCUGGUGAGGGAAGCCAACUUCCUAGCUGAGGAGAUGAGCAAGCUCACUGACUACCAAGUGACUCUUCAGAUACCCGCAGCCAACCUCAGUGCCAACAGGAAGAGAGGAGCAAUAGUCAGUGAGCCGGCCAUCCAAGCCAGGAGGAAAGGAAAGAGCACCCAGGUCUGGACCAUUGAGAAGCUGGAGAAUAAGUUAAUCGAUAUGAGAGACCUUUACCAAGAAUGGAAAGAAAAUGUCCCUGAGGCUAAGAGGCUCUACGGGAAGCGAGGUGACCCUUUUUAUGAAGCUCAGGAGAAUCACAACCUCAUUGGUGUAGCUAAUGUGUUUUUGGAAUGUCUCUUCUGUGAUGUGAAGCUUCAAUAUGCAGUACCCAUUAUCAGCCAGCAGGGGGAGGUCGCCGGGCGCCUCCAUGUGGAGGUGAUGCGUGUUACAGGAACCGUUCCAGAGCGCGUGUCGGAGGAUGACUCUUCAGAGAACUCUAGUGAGAGUGGGAGUCUUGAAGUGGUGGACAGCAGCGGGGAAGUCAUUCACCGGGUCAAAAAGCUCACAUGCCGGGUGAUAAUUAAAGAGGCAACCGGGCUACCCAUAAGCCUCUCAAAUUUCGUCUUCUGUCAGUACACGUUCUGGGACCAGUGUGAGUCUACAGUGGCUGCCCCGGUGGUGGACCCAGACGUGCCUUCCCCGCAGUCUAAGGAUGCCCAGUACACGGUGACCUUCUCUCACUGUAAGGACUACGUGGUGACUGUCACAGAAGAGUUCCUGGAGUUCAUUUCUGAUGGCGCGCUGGCAAUUGAAGUGUGGGGCCACAGGUGUGCUGGGAACGGAAGCCCCAUCUGGGAGGUCGAUUCCCUCCAUGCGAAGACAAGGACAUUGCAUGACAGGUGGAAUGAAGUGACCCGGAGAAUAGAGAUGUGGAUCUCCAUACUGGAACUGAACGAGCUAGGAGACUACGCGGCAGUGGAGCUCCACCAGGCAAAAGACGUCAACACCGGUGGUGUCUUCCAACUCAGACAGGGUCACUCCCGUAGAGUACAGGUCACAGUCAAACCUGUACAGCAGUCGGGGACACUGCCACUCAUGGUUGAAGCUAUCCUGUCAGUAUCCAUUGGCUGUGUGACCGCCAGGUCCACCAAGCUGCAAAGAGGGCUGGACAGCUACCAGAGAGAUGAGGAGGAUGGCGGUGAUAUGGAUAGUUAUCAGGAGGAAGACUUGAAUUGUGUAAGAGAGAGAUGGUCAGAUGCACUCAUUAAACGACGGGAAUACUUAGAUGAACAGAUUAAAAAAGUCAGCAAUAAAAAAGAGAAAACAGAAGACGACAUGGAGCGAGAAGCCAGGCUGGUGGAGCAGUGGGUGGGUCUGACGGAGGAGAGGAAUGCCGUGCUGGUGCCCGCCCCUGGCAGCGGGAUCCCAGGAGCACCUGCUGACUGGGUCCCACCUCCUGGGAUGGAAACACACAUACCGGUUCUCUUCCUGGAUCUGAACGCGGAUGACCUCAGUGCCAAUGAGCAGCUGGUCGGCCCCCAUGCGUCAGGUGUGAACUCCAUCCUGCCCAAGGAGCAUGGCAGUCAGUUUUUCUACCUGCCCAUCAUGAAGCACAGUGAUGACGAGGUUUCAGCCACAGCCUCCUGGGACUCCUCUGUACAUGACUCUCUUCACCUGAACCGGGUCACACCACAGAACGAAAGGAUCUACCUGAUUGUGAAGACGACCGUUCAGCUCAGCCACCCGGCCGCGAUGGAGUUGGUGUUGCGGAAGCGGAUUGCAGCCAAUAUUUAUAACAAGCAGAGUUUCACCCAGAGUUUGAAGAGACGAAUAUCACUGAUCAAUAUAUGCUAUUCCUGCGGCGUGACCUAUGAGAUAGUAUCCAAUAUCCCAAAGGCGACCGAGGAGAUUGAGGACCGGGAAACCCUGGCCCUCCUGGCAGCGCGGAGUGAGAACGAAGGCACUCUGGAUGGGGAGACAUACAUCGAGAAGUACACGCGGGGUGUGCUGCAGGUCGAGAACAUCCUAAGUCUGGAGCGGCUCCGGCAGGCAGUCACGGUGAAGGAAGCGCUCUCCACCAAAACGAGGCACAUCCGGAGAAGCCUCAGUACACCGAAUGUUCACAACGUCUCCUCUAGCCGGCCAGAUCUCUCUGGCUUCGAUGAAGACGAUAAGGGCUGGCCCGAGAACCAGUUAGACGUGUCUGACUACAGCUCCAGUUACCAAGAUGUCGCAUGCUAUGGGACUUUACCCAGGGACUCGCCUCGCAGGAGCAAAGAAGGUUGUCCAUCCGAGAACCCUCAUGCCUUAACAGUCAGCCCUUUUAAAGCGUUCUCUCCUCAGCCACCAAAGUUCUUCAAACCCCUAAUGCCUGUAAAAGAGGAGCAUAAGAAAAGGAUGGCCCUUGAAGCGAGACCCCUCCUAAGCCAAGAGAGCAUGCCUCCAUCCCAGGCACAUAACCCUGGCUGCAUUGUACCCCCAGGAACCAAUGGCAGCAGCAUGCCAGUAGAACACAAUAGCAAACCCGAGAAGAAGAUUGACUCGGAAGAGGAGGAAAAUGAGCUGGAAGCUCUCAGCAGGAAGCUGAUGCAUGCACAGCCUUAUGUGCCCGUGGAGUUUGCUGACUUCAGUGUUUACAAUGCCAGCUUGGAGAACAGAGAGUGGUCGUCUUCUAAAGCGGACCUGACAGACUCGAGAGUCUUGGAGAAAGCAGUGUCUCGUAGCCCUACCACCAGCAGCCUCACCAGUGGCUACUUCUCCCACAGUGCCUCCAAUGCCACUCUGUCUGACAUGGCAGUCCCUUCCAGCGACAGCUCAGAUCAGCUAGCCAUCUCAACAAAGGAGGCCGAGUGCAGUGAGCAUCCAGGACCAUCACUUGCUCCUGAUGUCAGACCAGCUUCAAAUCAAGAGCAUACAGAAGUAGAAAGAGGCUUAGUGAAAGAUAAGACAAUCGCUACACCAUUGGAGGAAAACCGUGCCUUACCCAAGGGGAGCUCUCCCCAGAGCAUCCCUGAGGAAAAUUCCAGAAUGCCGUGCAGGACUGCUUCAUGCUCAGAACUGGAUGCCAGCCCCAGCAAAGAUGGCCACCAAGCUAGAGAAUUCCGCCCAGGAGAGGUGACGAUAGAACACACUACAAACAUUUUGGAGGACCAUUCCUUCACAGAGUUCAUGGGUGUGUCUGAUGGCAAAGACUUCGAUGGUUUGGCAGAUUGUUCUAUAGGAGAGCCCUCCAGUAGGAAGAAUCUAAAUGAAACAGACCAUAAAGGUAUCCCAGAAGGACCCCCAGAUGCUGACCAGCUGCAUUCCAAGAUAGAGAACGACCAGGGUCUCAGCUGGGCGGUGGUGGCACACGCCUUAAAGCCCCCUGGAGGGUGGGCCCGGUGUGGGGGUGGGAACAUCGGGACAAGGAGCUUGGACUCACUGACCUCUGUAUUCCAGGAAACCACGGCCACUCGGUAA